AGGACGCGCGGGCGCAUAAAACCGCGAUGCAAUGUCGCCACGGGACAAUCACACGCACGCCGCCUCGCGAAACACAAAAUGCGGUUAUUACUAGCAUCGUUAGCAGUCCUGACUGCGUUCUCUACUGCUGCGGCGGAACGUGGACGUGUAGUAUGCUACUUCAGUAACUGGGCGGUUUACCGACCGGGUAUUGGCAGCUAUGGUAUAGAUGACAUCCCAGUUGACCUGUGCACCCACAUUAUCUACUCCUUCAUUGGAGUUACUGAGAAUACCCAUGAGGUGCUGGUCAUAGAUCCAGAGCUCGACGAAGACAAGGGAGGUUUUCGUAAUUUCACCUCGUUGCGUAAAACACAUCCAAAUGUCAAGUUCACGGUUGCUGUGGGCGGGUGGGCAGAGGGCGGCUCCAAGUAUUCCCGGAUGGUGGCGCAAAAAUCCUCCCGCAUGGCCUUCAUCAGAAGUGUUGUUGCCUUCUUAAACAAAUACGAAUUUGAUGGUCUUGACCUUGACUGGGAGUACCCCGGCGCUGCUGACCGAGGCGGGUCAUUCUCCGACAAGGAUAAGUUCCUAUACUUCGUUCAGGAGUUGAGACGCGCUUUCAUCAGAGCCGGUAAGGGCUGGGAGCUGACUGCCGCCGUGCCAUUGGCUAACUUUAGACUCAUGGAGGGCUAUCACGUGCCUGAAUUAUGCGACCUCCUAGACGCUAUACACGUGAUGUCAUACGAUCUUCGCGGUAACUGGGCUGGAUUCGCUGAUGUGCAUUCGCCCUUAUACAAGCGUCCUCACGACCAGUGGGCUUAUGAAAAACUUAACGUGAACGACGGUCUAAACCUUUGGGAGGAAAAGGGAUGCCCUUCAAACAAAUUGGUCGUCGGUAUUCCCUUCUACGGGCGGUCUUUUACCCUCUCAGCUGGUAACAAUAACUAUAACCCCGGAACUUACAUAAAUAAGGAAGCGGGUGGUGGAAACCCAGCUCCAUACACCAAUGCAACUGGCUUCUGGGCUUAUUAUGAGAUUUGUAUGGACGUUGACAAACCCGAUUCGGAAUGGACCAAAAAAUGGGAUGACCAUGGCAUGUGUCCCUACGCAUUCAAAGGCACUCAGUGGGUCGGAUAUGAGGACCCUCGUAGUGUUGAGAUCAAGUUGAACUGGAUUAAGCAGAAAGGCUACUUAGGGGCGAUGACCUGGGCCAUAGAUAUGGACGAUUUCCAAGGUAUCUGUGGGGAGAAGAAUCCGCUAUCCAAACGAUUGCACCAAUUCAUGUCAACAUAUACCGUGCCACCGCCGCGACAAGGCAAUACUACACCAACUCCUGAGUGGGCCAGACCUCCUUCAACACCAUCAGACCCUUCAGAAGGAGAACCCAUCCCCACCACAACUAGAGCUACCACCCAAGCUAGCAGUAUUACCACCACACAAGCUACCACUUCUACUACCGGUAUUAUCGAAGUAGAUGCAGAACCUCAAAAACCUACUCAAGACGUUGAACAACCACCAGCGGAGAAUGAAGUGGAUAGCCCCGAGAUUUGCAGGUCUUCUGAAGAUUACGUCGCGGACAAAAGUCGGUGCGAUAAGUAUUGGCGUUGCGUGAAUGGUGAAGGCAUGCAGUUCACAUGCCAGUCUGGAACUGUCUUCAAUACAGCGUUGAAUGUAUGUGACUGGCCUGAUAACGUUGAUCGUAGCGAAUGUAAAAAAAAAGGUUUAGUAUAGAUUAGAAUACUAAAAAGACUAUUCGAUGUACACUCAUACAAUCUAAGUUAAAUAAAGUGGUCAGCGUGCUGGGGAAAAAAAUAGGUUUUUGACCGGAAUAAAAUUCAAAGAUAAAAAAGAACAAAAUGUUUCUUAUUCUUUGUCGGUCAUAUAAUUUUAAAGGAUAUUAUUGAUUAUUCACAAAGUCUUACUGUACUAUUUUAAUAAAUGUACUUUUAUCUCCUUUUUGCCAAAUUGUUUAAGAUGUGAUAAAAUCAGAUAGAUGCGUACUUUAUUAAACUCCACGAUAUAUGAUUUAUUUUUAAACAAAUUAUUAAUUAAGUUAAUUUCUUGAAGAAAUUCUAUGUGCAAAGUUUAAAAUAUUGUCCCAGAUGCUAGACAAUAUUCCCUAACUGUUUCUUAAAUCUUUAGACACGAUAAACUCUUAAAUAAUAAAGCCCGGUUUAAGAGAGUUUUAUCACUUUAGAGGUUCGUGGUACAUCGAAUUAAAUAGUCUUUUUAAUCGACGAUAGUAGAUACAUAACAAGUAUAUAGAAAGUGUUAAUUUCAUCGUUUGUACUUUAAACGCGUAUGCGUAAAACCACUUCAUGAGUACAUUAACCUUUUAAGUUAAUAUCAUAUUAGUUAUUUAUGAGCUCCCACUUAUCGUAAUAAAAUUCUCUUUAUCUUGUAUUAAAAUCUUUGUCACUAUAUAAUUUUUAUGAU